AUGAAACAACCCAAAGGAUUUGAAGAUUCUUCCAAUCCUGAGCACGUUUGUCGCUUAAGAAAAGCAAUCUAUGGAUUACGUCAGGCUCCUCGCCAGUGGUAUACAACUUUUACGUCCUAUCUUCUACAACUUGGCUUCAAACACAGCCAGGCCGAUCCAUCACUGCUGAGUCUUCAUCGCAAACAUAUUCACAUUUACUUGCUAGUAUAUGUCGAUGACAUACUACUAACCGGCAAUGAUCCCUCAGCUAUAAAGACUCUGGUAGCACAGCUUCAAUCGCAAUUUACAAUGAAAAAUUUGGGUAAUGCGCAUCACUUCCUCGGCAUAAAGAUAGACUCAUCUCCAGAUAAGUAUUUUCUAUCUCAAACUCGUUAUGCCCAAUCAAUUCUAAAACUUGCCGAGCUGCAAAAAUGCAACUCGGUAGCUAAUCCCUUGUCCACAAAAUUACCAGGUAUCUCUCCCACCGAUCAACCGUGCUUCUCAGACAGCUCCUACAGGCGUAUCAUUGGUUCCCUUCAAUAUCUCACUUUAACACGACCGGACAUAGCUUAUGCAGUUAACAUGCUAUCCCAGCAUAUGCACAGUCCAGAAGCUCACCACACGGUUAUGCUCAAGAAGCUGCUUCGCUAUAUACAAGGCACGGUGGCUUUCGGUCUUCCUAUCACACGUUCAAACCUCACGCUCCGAACCUUCUCGGACGCAGACUGGGUGUCGGACCCGAUCACGCGUAAAUCCACAACUGGAUUUUGUACUUUUCUUGGCGAAACAUUGGUCUCGUGGACAGUUAAGAAGCAAGCAACUGUCUCCUGUUCAUCAACAGAAUCGGAGUACCGAGCGUUAGCUUCAGCAACAGCGGAUACAAUCUGGAUCAGGAAACUUCUCGCUGAUUUCCUCAUUGAUCACUGUCAUUCCGUUGAUCUAUUUUGUGACAAUACCUCUACCUUCGCAUUAGCGAAUAAUCCUGUGUUUCAUGCUCGAACGAAGCAUAUCGAAAUUGAUCAACGCUUUGUUCGGGAUCACAUUCAAAACAAGAUCAUUCGCCUUUUGCCUAUCAGUAGUGAAGAUCAACUUGCGGAUAUUCUCACAAAACCUCUCUCCACACCUAGAUUCAAAAUUCUUCGAUCCAAACUGACAAUUGGACCCAAUUGUCGGUUUGAGGGGGAAUGUUAG